CUGAAAGAUGGCGGCACAGGAUUACGUUUAUGCUGUUGUCGGGAAUAUUCCGCGCAGUCUUCGUUCUGCUGAUCUUCGCCAUCAGUUCUCACAGUUCACUGAGAGCGGUGGCUUCAGCUGUUUUCAUUAUCGGCACCGGCCCGAAAGGAGGAGGCCGCUUUCUUCGACGCAGGACACAGCACCGGAGCCAGGCCGCAGCCCGACCUGUUGCUGUGUGGUUCGGCUGCCAGCUGAGCGAGCCUCCAGCUUUCAGCUGAUGUACGAUGGCUGUCAGUGGCUGGAUAGGGUCGGAGACAGUUUGCAGAGUCGCUGCUUUAUCCGUAUCGUCCGAGCGGCAGAGAUUGCAGAUUCUCAGCUGUUCUCGUACAAAACCAGAAAGGAACUUCGGAGUCGGAGAGCUCUAAGUGAGACUUUCACACCUGAGGACUUGUCCAGAUUACCAGAGUUAAAUCCCCCAACGCUGAUGCCCAAUGGGAAUGUGGGUACGCCGCUGAGAGUCUUCCUAGAAUUGAUCCAAACAUGCCGUUUGCCUCCCCGCAUCAUCACCAAGCUUGAUCUGAAAUUUCCCAAGACAACCUCCAACAGGCGUUAUGGUAAUGUUCCUUUUCAGUACCCGAACACUGCUUCCUCUUUGUGUACAGAGGCAGUGUAUACAGCUGUAGAAGGAGAAAUCCCACAGAGAGAUGUAUGUGCUCCUGUGCUGCAGACAGGAAAGAAGCAACAAGGGACAGGACACAGGAAGUCUUUGAAGCGAGGGGAUAAGGUGGAGGGAGAGGAGUCGUGUUCUGACGAAGACAAUGAUACAUGUGAGGAAUGGGAGAGGCAUGAAGCGCUCUACGAGGAUGUUACGACUCAGGAGAGGACGAAGGAACGACUCUAUGAGGAAGAGAUUGAACUCAAGUGGGAAAAAGGAGGAUCUGGACUUGUGUUUUAUACAGAUGCUCAAUAUUGGCAGGAGGAGAAAGGAGAUUUUGACGAGGAGACGGCAGAUGACUGGGACGUCGAUAUGAGUGUAUAUUAUCAUAAAGAUGGAGGAGAUAAAGAUUCACGGGAUUAUGUGCAGAUGAGGCUAGAACAACGGCAGAGAGAGGGUGAGGAGAAUGUCUCGGUGCAGUCCCCACGUAUUGGAGGUUUUGAACGAUAUACUAAGGGAAUUGGCAGGAAGGUGAUGGAAAAGCAGGGAUGGAGAGAUGGGCAAGGCCUUGGAUCCAGUCGUUCCGGUCUGGCUGAUGCUCUGGACAAUGAUGGACAAAACCCUAAGUGUAAACGAGGAUUUGGGUAUCAUGGAGAAAGAAUCCAGAACUACCAGCGAGUACACAACGCACGUCGACAAACCAAGCAUUUGAUUUCAACUGUGUACGAUCAGCUUGAGGAAAUAGACCAGGGUGACACUCUGCUCCGUAGACAACCAGUGACCAGCAUGAAGUACAGAAUGGAUGUGAACUUUGUCAAAGGGUCAGAGCUAAGCACCCACACCCUUUUACGUCAAAAGUAACAUUCUCUAGCUGCUGGUACAUACUCUGAAGUCUGGUACUUCUGUGAACUACAGUAUUAGUUUUGGUACCUGCUGUGCCUUGGCACUGACAAUGCAGCAAGGGGUAAUAUUCAGUCAUAGGUGGAAAUCGUGGUCCAGGUUUUCCCAACCCCAACCAACGUUGACCAUAGAUCACUAUACAACCUGGAACUACAAUACAGUAAACAUGGUCGCUGAACAGCUGAGGGACUGAAUGAAGUUCUAGCAAAACGAUCAAAGGAAGAUCAGUAACAACUCUUUGUAUUUAUAUGCCUUUGCCAUAGCAGACAGAUAUCUCUCAACAAUGCUUCCCAAGAAAACUAUCAGAAAAACAUUGUCUUCAUGUUAAAGGAGAACUUGGGCAAGCUGACAGCUCGGAAAGGAGAUGCACAAAAGGCCGUGGUUGAAGGCGUGAAGAGAUUUAAAGAGAAGACUAAAAAUUAUAAUUCAGAGGUGUCAGGAACCAGGAGUUUCGAUCAUGGACAUUAACUCCCACCCCCCUCACCCUUAAUCCAUUCAGAGUAAAGCCUGCUUUCUAUCUGUUUUGCACUACAUCUGUAGGUCAGAAGAUAGCUAUUAAUGGGACAAGACAUUCAGCUCAUCUAAACUUUGCCUAAAGUUCCCAGUGUUUCUGGAGUUUUUGCCUCCGUGUGUCUAUUUAGAUUGAUUCCAAGUGUUAACUGAAGAAGAAUUUCCUGUCAUCAAAUUGAACCUGUAACAUCAUCCAAUUUGUAUACUGAAAUAUUUUAGGCUAACAUUUUCAAUGCCUUUAACAACCUUAUGCACAUGUACACAGUGACUCCGUUCAAAACCAAUUUCCAGGUCGAUUGAUUUAGCUCCGUUUCACUGGUUGUUCCUCAUAACUCACUGUGGCAUUGAAGUUCAACUCUUGCCAACAUGGCCUCCAGUGUUUUAAUGUUUCUUGUGUCUUUACAGUCACAUUAGUACCUGGUAGCAGGAGGUGGUCUGUCUAGAGUCUUCUGUAGUUUGAGUACUUGUAGCCUGUGUAGUUCAAUGUUCCACAGACGUUGUCAUUGCUUUGCUUCAGAUUGACAUAUUGACUUUACAGAGCUGUUCAGCUUUAUUCUGAGCUGAUGUGUCGCCAUUAAUACAUUCUGUGUAACUUAUUUUUCCUUCCUAAUUCUGCAUAUUGUCACAUUUGCCUGCAUUAAGUUCCAAUUCUCUUUAAAAUUUUUGAAUGAUACAUCACAGAAGAUGAUUAAAUGAACUAUGUGCCAGUAGUUUGGUACUGGUUUCCCCCAUCUCAUUUUUUCCCCUUCAAGUAUUUUACCAACUCUCCUUUAAAGGUUACUAGUUAAUCUGUUCCACCCUGCUUUCAAGCAGUGAAUUUCAGAUUACAAUUCACUGUAUAAAAAUGUUUCCUUGUUGUUCUGCCCAGUUAUGUAUUUCAGUUAUCCAUUCUGCUAUUUGAGUUGCCUCUACCAAUUUUACUACUCCCCAGUUUGGAAUUUUCAACCAAUACAAAUCUAACCAGUUUGUACAGAGUUUUUGAACAUUUCUGCAUUUAUGCACAGCUACUGGAUAUUUGGUGAUUUUGGUGCAUGAAACCCUUGAUCACUCUCUACUCAUCCAAUUCCUAGCUCUUUGCCAUAUAAAAAAAUCUGAUCUACCUUUCCUAGCUCCUAGGUUCAAAGUAGAUGAUCUCAUCCUUCCUACAUUAAUAUGGCAAAACUGUGGCAAAUGGAUUUCAGUGCAAUGUUUCCCUUGCAAUGUUUCCUAAAUUGGUAUCAGCUGUAAACUUAAAAUUUGCAGCCUUCUCUAAAUCUUCGUCUUCCUUUAGAAAGUGAAAAGUUGUGACUAUGUGGUCAUGUUGGAUUACUGAAGAAUGGUAUUCCAGUCAUAGAAUAUAUUAAGAUAAUAAAAUGUGA